AUGGCCAAGCUCAUUGAGAGGUUUGAGGCAUGGGGCUAUGUUGUUGAGCCCGAUGCCAAAGGGUUUGAAGGCGUGAACUACUCCAAGGAGGAGAAACACUGCAACAUUUUUCACCCUGAUUCUCGCAGGCCCGAAAUUCCCAUCAACACCUUUUCUAUCACCAACAACCCCCACAGUCUAAAAGUUCCGCGCGCGUUCAACAUGUCAUCCUUCUUUGAUAAUCGCCCGAGGAACAAGAAGUUACGACUGCGAGAUCAGAUCGUGUCCUAUUGGACCCUGGUAGAGCAUCGCGACCUCAAAGACCUCAGGCAGAUUGUUUACAAGGGAGUCAUCGAGAGAAAUCUGCGUGACUGUAUGGAACACGUGUAUGAAAUGCAUGAGGUGGACCAAUCUAAAGAACUCACUGUGAAGGCUUCGGACACGGAUGAAGCAUACCAGCUGCUUUUGAAGAAUACACCUUUCUUGGCUGGAGCUCAAAAGAUGCUCGACGAAUAUGCUGACAAGUUUGCAGGGAAGAAGAUACGGAGCUGUACUUUUGAGCCGUGCGGUGGCUUUGCUCUCUUUGACUUUACCAUCUCAUUCACCAGGUAA